ACACAGCUCUGUGUUAGAGCUGCACCAUGCAGUCUGACCAUUCUAUUUUCAAGUCUAGCAAGCGCAAUUGAGGACCGACGACGCAAGGCGACAUAAGUGCAGUUGAGAAUGAUUCUAAACAAAUUCUGCCUCUGGGUCGCUUAACCUUUCGGAAACUUUGGAGGGACAUUUUCUGAAAAGACCGCGGAACGCUUGCAGUGUGUGAUGCACGGUAUUUGGGGUAACCUAUUCUUGACUACUCGUCUAAUUAUAAUAUAACUAAUUUAUUGUACUGCAAGUCCUCUCUUUAAAAAAUACGCGACAGCUGCAAACGUUGCAUCCCUGCGAGUCCAGGUUUGGGAAUUGUCACACAUUUGCGAGAAUCGGCUUGGCUUAUUCACUCAGUCGAUCCUGGGACAUACGCGGUGUGGCUGGAUGUUGCAUGCGGGUCAAUGAGCGCGAGGACAAAGUGCCUCCGAAGUCCCCAACUCCCCGACCUCUCUUACCUGAUGCCGUGCAUGAUGAUUGUCCUUGGAAUACUUCUGAAUGUCCUCAGUCAUGGUAGUGUGCUGGCUGGCUCCAUAGACUGUCUGGAGGCGGAGCGGGGCUGUGUGCAGGAUGAGGGCUGUAUGGGGGUGUACAGGGUGCUAGAGUACUGUGCUGCUGAGGAGGCUGUGUCGCCCCUGGGCCCAGACGCCCGACGUGAGUGCCUGGAGGCCCAGAGCGCCCUGCAGCACUACCACCCCCUCCAGGCCUGCAAGUGUCAGCGCGGCUCCCGCCGGGAGGAGCUCUGCCUCAGGGUCUACUGGACCGUCAGAUUCGCUGUGUACGAUGAGAACGAGGUGUCUCCGUAUGAGGAUCUGGAGGUGGAGUUUGUGAGGCACAUAGAGAUGUCACGCAUGGCCUCCAUCAUGGCAGCUUCCUCUCUGCCUCUGGAUGGGCAGAACCAGUGUUUGAAGGCAGCCCAGGACUGUGGUCUGUAUGAGAAGUGUGGUUCUCUGAGGUCGGAGUAUGUUGUGUCCUGCACCAAGCGGCCACCGGGCUCCGACGGCAGCUGUAACAGACAGAAGUGCCACCGAGCGCUGCGACGCUUUCUGGAGCGGGUACCAGAGGAGUACAGCUUUGCCCUGCUCUUCUGCCCCUGCUCCGAUGCCCUCUGUGGGGAGCGCCGGCGGAAGACCAUCGUACCCUCGUGUUCCUAUGAGGAGAGAGACGGCAAGCCCAACUGCCUCAGCCUGCAGGGCUACUGUGCCAGGGACAAGCUGUGUAGAUCUCGGCUGGCUGAUUUCCAGCACAACUGCCAGCCCUCGUCCCAUUCUCCCUCUGGCUGCAUGAGAGAGAGUGGAGCCGUCUGCCUUAAGGCCUACGCGGGACUCAUAGGCACCAUCAUGACCCCCAACUACGUGAACAAUAUCAGUAUGGACGUGUCCCAGUGGUGCAGCUGUGAGGGAAGUGGGAACCAGUGGCAGGACUGUCUGCGCGUCCUGCACAUGUUUGACAGCAACGUCUGUCUGCGUAAUGCUAUCAGUUAUUUGGGUGGCUCUUCCCCUCGCCCUGUGGAGAGCACUACUCUGCCACCUCGUCGCCACGCAUCUGCCACCCCCUCUCCCCACAUCUUUCCGGACAAGAUCAAUGUCAACGUCAACGUUUUAUCAGAACGCAACAGUGUGGAAGACACUGAAGAGGAAGAAGAGGAGGAAAGUCAGGAAUUCAACGUUAUCCCUCAAUAUUCUGAGAAGGAGAAGUCUAGUGUGGGCUCCGGGGCCCGAGGGGGCCAUAGAGGAGCGGCAGGCCAAACAGUACCCAUGCUGCCUCUGCUGCUGCUGCCCGCUGCCAUGCUGGGCUGGGGGUGUCAGGGUUAAUGAGCCCCCCCCCCCUUCUACCUCCCUUACGCUCAGCUACGGUAUCACAUUCACUGGGUCACCUCCACCAUGGCAAUGAGAUAGAAUGGACUGAUGGGGAGACUUAAGGCUGAGGGAAGAACGACCACAAGGAGGAAAUGGACAUUUCUUCUGUUUUACAUUACUUGCUGUAUUUCUGUUUUCCUUUCUUACUUUCCACCGACUGGUCCUUUUCUGUAUUCUCUAUCUUUCCUCUCCUGCUCUGUCUACUUGCGAUCUGUUUAAGUAGUCAUAGCUGCCCAUCUCUUUGCUCCUCUCUCGCGUAAGUAGACGUAGUUGAACAACCUGGGCCGAUAAAUAAGUCGAUGGCUGAAUUAAUAAGGUCUGUCUGGAUGAAUCGAUAUGGCUGUCUGUCCGGUGCCUGUCUCAAGAUUGGCUAUCCAGCUCCACUCUCCCUCUUCACGAGGAGCUCAUCACCCAAGGCCAGUAACAGCACCUAUCUCCAAGAAAACAUGACCAGUGAUUGGUGGAACCAAUGACAGUUCAUUCCUUUGAUUUUUGUGCCAUGCCUCACCUCGCCUUUUUCUUUCUCCUUCGUUAACUCCCUUUCUUUCAUCAUCCCUUGGAUACGAGGGUUGUUGGGCAAGCCACUCUGUGCUAAACCAUAGAGACCUCUGUUGCACUUCCUUCCUGUCUCUUAUGUUGCUCUCCUUGUUUGCACCCUCUUCACCACCUCAGACUAGAUGCCACUGACCUCUCCGGUUUGUACACCACUUAUUCUCAGCCUUGUGGAGGAGAUCUGAGAAACCCACCACAGGCACAAUAAUUAUACCAAAUUUGAAUAAUGACAGUGGCAGAGGAAAACAACAUAAGCAAUAAAACAUGAAAUCAGAUGGCUCAGCGGGCAGGUGCUGGGGCCGUCUGGAUUUGAGCUCAGGGGAGAGAGGAACCAAUUUGCUGCUGUCUGUAGUUCACAAGUGCUUUCUAUCCCUAGGUGUUGUUAUAGUUUUGGAGAGACAAUAUCACACUUAGCUAUACCUUUCCUGCCUGUGUUUGAGUAGGAGUAGAUAGAGAGGGGGCACUAUAGAGCCUCUGGCAGCUCUGAUCAUUGAGCAUCACAUUGAGCCUCUAAAUCUUUUGCUGACGUUAAUGUUUUUUUUCUCCAUUUUUUUCUUGCAUCUCUCAUUUUCUUGUGAACUUGCAAAAUGAACUCCCACCUGAGGGGAAGUAGGUAAAGGGCUGUGGGUGGUAGUUAAAGGGGGAAACUACUCUACUGUGGAAUUGUGUACGUGACUUGUAUUCAUCGACUUCUUUCCGUUCUAGAGGGAGAUGUUAGACCUGACUCGUGCUCUCACCGAUAAUACAUGAUGCUAAAAAGAGAGAAAUAUUCACAGGGCAUAUUUGUGCUGCAGCUCUUUACAUCAUCUGCCACCAGUGAGGGGAAUCGCUGGGACUUAAUUCUGAGUAUUAAUUAAGCAGGCACGAUGGCAUCCGUACGGUCUAACACCAUCUCCAAUCUGGACAUUGACGUUCAUGACGACUGCUGUUCUUUUUUAAUAGACACUGUCAUCACUCACUGCCUCCUGGCAAGGGAUCCUUAUGCUAGUGAUCAUCAAAGUGAGUGAACGCACAAGAGAUGACGUGAGAGCGACAAGCCUGGAUUUACACACUGAAACAGCCUAAAUAAAUAUGAUCGUAAGCCAUACAAGCGAACAGCAAGAGGGAACGAGCGUGCCAACUCUAAAUGUAUCACGUUGGUUUUGUUUGUACAGCUGUAUUCACACAUAUUUCCCCCAUGGCCAAAUGGUUUUAAUAAUAUCCAAUGACGUUUAGUGCUGACGUUUAGUGCUGACGUUUAGUGCUGACGUUUAGUGCUGACGUUUAGUGCUGACGUUUAGUGCUGACGUUUAGUGCUGACGUUUAGUGCUGACGUUUAGUGCUGACGUUAGUGCUGACGUUAGUGCUGACGUUUAGUGCUGACGUUUAGUGCUGACGUUUAGUGCUGACGUUUAGUGCUGACCCAUGAAGGCGCUUCUCGAGGUCUGUUCGGUUUUGAUUCGAUUAUUUAAAAAAUAAUCACGGUUUUCGAUUUCGGUUUCAAAUCUUCUUCUUUUUUUUCCACAUUAAAUGCACCAUGCAUUAUGUGGGUUGAAUUCUGUAACACAGAAUAAAAAGUCAAGUGAAAGUCCCAUGGUGGUAGUGACUGUCCAUUACUGCUCAUCACUUAUUAACCAUCAUUUAUUCACAUUACUUUGCUUUAAUACAAUAUUUUGUUUUAUUCAAUGGUUUUAUUAUUUCAUUCCAAGUCAUCAUCUCAUCUCUAUAGAGCUGCCGCCUAUGCUGUCUGACAAAAUCACCAUUUUAGUCAUUCUUCAAAGUAAAUAAGGCAAACUUAUGACUGCUGAAUGCCAACUAUCAAUCACUUAAAUCAUAUAUUUUCAUGUAGAGAUGCCUCACAAAGCAACUGCUUUCUAUCCAUCUCGUACGUCCUCUCUUCUUUCCGUCUCCAUUAUCGAGGUCUCCGUGUGGAAUAUGGUCAUUGUAGUUAAUUGCCACAUUUUCUGCGCUGAACUAUGUAGAAUAUUAGCCUGUUGGAAACUACAACUCCCUACUACAUCACGCAGUUUGCGCUUGAUCUGAUUUAUUUCUACCGAAACUUAGCAACGUGCUCACAGAAAAAAAAAUGAACAAAAUUAAAUUCAAAUCAUUUUGAUUGAUCACUGAGAACUAAAAUAUUGAUAUCAUGUUUUUGUACUCAAAUAAAUCCACAGAGAAAGGGAGAGGUAAGUGGGAACGAAUGGAAAAGGUGCGACAGUGGGGGAUUUGGGAAAGAUGGGGAGAGUGACAGACGUAGAUGCAGAGAGAGGGAGAGAGAGACCGAGAGAGAGAAAGCAAGGGCUCUUAAAAGCUUUCAGUAGCGUUGCUGUUGUAGUCAGGCCCUCUCAGAUUUAUUUUCAUGCCUGUGGCUAAGAGGCGAGUGUCUGUUCCACUCUAUUACUCCUGUGCUUUAACGUCCUGAACUGUGUGCCUCCACCUCCGUUUGGCCUCACAGACCGACAACGCUACUCUCCCGUACAUGCAUUCCCAUCACUCUCUGCCACCGUGUGUAUUUUACAAUCAUCUGCUGCCCCUCACAGACAACAUGCCUCUACAUCUUCUACCCAUUCCUCUUUUCUUUUUGAAACAACAAACACUGUACCAUCAACUACUUGUACAAAGCUUUAUUUUAUGGUAGGCUUAUGUACGCUUUAAACAGAAAAUGUGUAUAUAUUUUUGUUUUCUUUUCUCUUGUUGUAAUUAUCAUUGAGAGUGAGCUGUGCCAUAUAGGGCUGGAUCUGCCCUGUUGGAUCUUAUGUAUGCCUCUUGUAAGUGUAUAUGUGCAGGUUAUGGUCAAGCAUCUGUCAGUCUGUCUGUUUGUAACAGUGAAACACUGUUGUUCUGCGGUGUCCUGCUUGCGUUGACCUUGAUAUACAUGUUGGUCAUUUUUAGUAUGGUAUAUGAUGAUCAUCAUGUUCCGCGUUAGAAUCACACUGCUCAUUUACAAAGCCGAUGCUACCAAGCCCCGUACAGUUGUGUAAAAUUGGAUUAGCUGUCUGAAUCGCACCACUCCUGAGAGUUGUUGACUGAACACUCUGUGGACAUGGUGUAAGGCCACUUCUUGAAAGUGAUCCUCAGUUGGCAAGCUGGUGAACACGUUCAACUUGAGGAGUUGCCGGCCUCUCUGCCAGCCCUCUGAAACAGUCUUGAGCUCUGUCCAUUAGUAUCAAAAUGGUCGCCAUUUAGAAAAUGGACCCUUGUUAUGUAUGGAUGGGGCCAGUGAGAGACUUGGAAACUCUCCAAGUAACAUAGUAAGCGCAUUGCACUGAACGUGCCUAUGUAGACUUCAGUUGGAGAAAGGAAUGAAGGACACUACAGUGGGCUGAGUUUAACAUGAAACAGCUACUGGAUUAGGGGCGAUAUCGAUCCUUAUUUUGACAAUGAGUUAUCUCGAACUUCAGAGUUCAGCAAUGCCAAAAUGUCCCCGCCAUCGCCACUGCUUCAAGCCACACAGUGCCCUCCUCAGCCCUGUGUCACACCAUCCACCUUCAUGGCCAUGAGUUCCGCCGUGCACUAUUCAUGCCUGAUGGUGUGAGUUUACAAUCAGGUGUGAGCACUGUGUGGAUCUUCAUCAAAUGUGAGAAUUUACAAUGCUGUGUGAAAAAGACUACAUACAAUAAUAAAACAUUUAAAAUGA